AUGGCAGAAACAAAAGGCCAAAAAAGCAACAACCCAACAGUUGGUUUGACCGGGAGUGUGAUAUGUGCAAAUAUAACAGGUGGUGGGAAACUUGGAAGUUUAAAAUCAGGAGGCUCCAUAUCCACACUUAAGCAUAUAUGGACAGAAAGUAACAAAGACUUGUCUAUCAGUCGCCUCCUUUCACAGACUUUUCGUGGUAAAGAAAACCAAACUUCCUUGGAUAUGAGAUACGAUACUCCAGAGCCGUACACAGAACAAGAACUCUGGGAAUGGCUGAGGAACACGACAGAUCUUCAGGGACCUCGUUCCAGGUCCAAAAGACGGCCAAUUGUUAAGACGGGAAAGUUUAAGAAAAUGUUUGGCUGGGGGGAUUUCCAUUCCAACAUCAAAACUGUAAAGUUAAAUUUGUUGAUAACAGGGAAAAUUGUGGACCAUGGCAAUGGAACCUUCAGUGUCUACUUUCGGCACAACUCUACCGGUCAAGGAAAUGUCUCUGUGAGCUUAGUUCCGCCUACCAAAAUAGUGGAAUUUGACUUGGCUCAGCAAUCGGUGAUUGACGCUAAAGAUUCCAAGUCCUUCAACUGUCGCAUCGAAUACGAAAAGGUCGACAAGGCUACCAAGAACACUCUUUGCAACUAUGACCCUUCAAAAACAUGCUACCAGGAGCAGACCCAAAGUCAUGUAUCUUGGUUAUGCUCCAAGCCCUUCAAAGUGAUCUGUAUUUAUAUAUCAUUUUAUAGUACAGAUUAUAAACUAGUACAAAAGGUGUGUCCCGAUUACAACUAUCACAGCGACACACCCUACUUCCCUUCUGGUUGA